AAUAAAUAAAAACUUCUAUUUUGACAGUGCAAUAAAAUACAUUACAUAUAUAAAUGAGCUACCACCUUGUUAAAAGACAAGUCUUUCCUCAGAUCUCACGAACUUUGUGACAGAAGCAUAGAAACAGAUUGAGGAAAAAGCCAAGCCAGAAACACCCAUGUUGCCAAAUCUACUUGUUUCUUCAAACUCACCAAAAUAUAUAAAAAUGAGGUGAAGUCUUUUUCUACUUUUCUUUUUUCUUUUCCCUUCGUCCAUUAAUGGCUGACUUUUGUCGUCUGUAAUCCCAAUCUUCUCUCUCUUUCUCUCUCACGUGAUUGUUUAUUUGAGAGUUUCUGCAACUUGGUUAUCUUUUUUAAUUGCCAGAUUAAAGAGUAGGCUGUCGCCAUUAGUUUUCAAAAAUGGAUUUGGGUUCUUGGAGCAGUCAUGAGAACUGGGAAAUUCUUCCUUUACAUAAUCUUCUCAUGGCUUUUAGUUUACCUGGUAUCAGAAACUUGCUUGGCUAGUGUUCGAAGUAUUGGUAAAAUCAAUCCUAAUUUUCAAGGAUCUCAAAUGAAUUGGAUUGACAAUGAUGGGUUAUUUCUCUUGUCCAACAAGUCUCAAUUCGCUUUCGGUUUCACCACCACUAACCAAGAUGUCACAAAAUUUCUGCUAGUAAUCGUCCACAUGGGAAGCCAACGAGUUAUUUGGACAGCGAAUAUAGACACCCCAGUUGCCAAUUCCGAUAAGUUUGUGUUCGAUGAAAACGGUAGAGUUUUCUUGCAAAAAGGAGCAAGUGUGGUUUGGUCCAUUGAUACUGGUGGCAAAGGAGCUUCUGCUAUGGAGUUGAUGGAUUCAGGUAAUUUGGUUCUGUUUGGAGAGGACGAGAAUAGUAAAAUAUGGGAGAGUUUUGACCAUCCAACCGAUACCCUUUUAUGGGGACAGGAAUUUGUUGAAGGGAUGAGACUUUUGAGCGAGCCUAACUCGAAAAACUUGAGCUAUUUUCUUGAAAUAAAGUCAGGGGAUAUGAUUCUCUCGGUUGGUUUCAAAACACCACAGCCUUAUUGGUCUAUGAAAAAUGACAUCCGCAAAACAAUCAACAAAGAUGGUGGAGGAGUGAGUAUGGCAUCUAUUGAAGGAAACUCAUGGAAAUUCUAUGACAAAAGCAGGGUUUUACUCUGGCAAUUCAUCUUCUCAUCUAAUUCUGGCUCAAAUGCAACUUGGAUUGCUGCUUUGGGAGACGAUGGUGUCAUAUCUUUCUUCAAUCUUGAGAAUAGAGAGUCAUCUGGUUCUUCAACACAGACAAAAAUACCAAGUGAUGUUUGCAGCACACCACAGCGUUGUGAUUCAUAUUAUGAAUGUUUCAGUGACAAGUGUCAAUGCCCUUCUGGUCUUACCUCCCUUCCAAAUCCCAAUUGCUCAACAGGGUUAGACUCUGUCUCUUCAUGUGAUCGUUCCAAAAGCCCCAAUACCCAGCUCAUUAACGCUGGAGCUGGACUCUACUAUUUCGCACUCGGGUUUGUCUCACCCUCCUUGAAAGGAGACUUAAAUCUCUGCAAAACUUCAUGCCAAAACAACUGCUCAUGCGUUGCCUUGUUCUUCCAAAACAGCUCAGGAGAUUGUUUUAUGUUUGACAAGUUAGGCAACUUCCAAAAUUCAGACAAAGGUUCAAGCUUUGUUUCAUACAUUAAGGUGUCGAGUAGGGGAAGCAGUAGCCAAAGUGGGAGCAGCAACGGCAAACACUUCCCAUAUGUUGUGAUCAUUGCUAUAUCCACUGUACUUGUUAUUUGCCUUUUAGUUUAUUUGGGUUAUCGUUAUUACAAGAAGAAAAAGUUCCCACAAUCUCCUCAAGAGUCUUCAGAAGAGGAUAAUUUCUUGGAAACUUUGUCUGGUAUGCCUGUUCGUUUCACCUACAAAGAUCUCCAAACAGCUACUAAUAACUUCUCACUGAAACUCGGGCAAGGCGGUUUCGGGUCUGUUUAUCAAGGGAUUCUACCUGAUGGGACUCGUUUGGCUGUGAAAAAGCUUGAAGGUAUAGGUCAAGGAAAGAAAGAGUUCAGAGCUGAAGUUAGCAUUAUUGGCAGCAUUCACCAUAUCCACCUUGUCAGGCUGAGAGGCUUUUGUGCUGAAGGAAGUCAUCGUCUUCUAGCUUACGAAUUCAUGGGCAAUGGUUCUUUAGAGAAAUGGAUUUUCCGGAGAAACAAACAAGAUCAUUUGCUGAGUUGGGAGACAAGAUUCAACAUUGCAGUUGGAACAGCAAAAGGGUUAGCUUAUCUUCAUGAAGACUGUGAUUCUAAGAUCAUUCAUUGCGAUAUUAAGCCCGAAAAUGUUCUCCUAGACGAUAACUAUCAAGCCAAGGUCUCUGAUUUCGGUUUGGCUAAGCUAAUGACUCGCGAACAAAGCCAUGUUUUCACUACAUUAAGAGGAACAAGAGGCUACCUCGCCCCGGAAUGGAUCACAAACUACGCCAUAUCAGAGAAAAGCGACGUUUACAGCUACGGAAUGCUGCUGCUAGAAAUCAUCGGAGGAAGGAAAAACUACGAUCCAACUGAGACGUCUGAGAAAUCCCAUUUCCCUUCCUUCGCGUUCAAGAUGAUGGAGGAAGGAAAACUGAGGGAAAUCCUUGAUUGGAGACUGGAGAACGACGAGAAUGACAAGAGGGUUUCGACUGCCAUUCAGGUUGCUUUAUGGUGUAUACAGGAUGACAUGAAUCUAAGACCUUCGAUGACCAAAGUGGUCCAAAUGCUUGAAGGUAUAAGCCCAGUUCUUCCUCCCCCAACUUCUUCUUCUCCAUUGGGUACUCGAUUCUUCUCUGGCUUCUUGAAAUCUACAAGUGACGAGGGAACUUCCUCUGCUCCUUCCGAGUAUAACAGUGAUGCUCAUCUCUCUGCAGUUCGUCUUUCAGGACCAAGAUAACACAAAACACAACUAUGAAGAAUAAAAGAAAAGGGUCAUCUACAUGAUUAAUAUAUAUAUAUCUGUCUAUCGUUUUACGCUUAUUUCUUGUAUAUAUUCUCUUGUGUAACUAAAAUUUUGUUAAGAGUUAUAGCUCUCUGUAAAUAAGGAGUGUCUUCAGUAUGGUAAUUCAUGAGCUUAAGGAAAUUAGAUUAAAUCUAUGAUGAAUAUUAUUAUUUAUUGGUGA